AUGAAAGAGACACAUAAACAUUCGAAUCUACAAUAUCUGGUAUAAUGGAUUUUCAAAUAUUUCAACGAGAAUGAAAACUUAAUUUUGAUUGUCGUUUGUCAAGAAAUGUCGAUGAGAAAAAUAUCAGACAUGUAAAGCUAAACAUAGUUCAAUUAACAUCAAUGUUCAACGCGUAAAGUAAAGCCAAUAUUUCCAAAAGAUGUAAAAAAAUCGAGCCAUAGCUGGAUCAAUCCUCUCCAUCUGAUCGAUCGCAGUCGACAGUUAUACGAAGCGUAGGUUUCCACUAUUUGACGCGUGUAUUUCAAAUAUUCUUGAUUUCCCAGGAGGAAAUGAUGAGCGAGGGCGGUGACCACGAGAGUUGGGACGACGAGAUGAUGAUGAACGAAAAUAACGAAACGCCACUGCCGAUGCGCCUACCACACCCUCGAAUUCCAACGCCACGAAUCCAUCGAUCCCUGAACAAUUCCGAGACGUCGUGAAGAUGAACGAUUACCUGACGACGGGACGCCGCCAAGAGUUCUGGGAGGAGCCGUUCACGCGACGCGUUAUGGACGCCAUUAAGAGCAAAGAACUGGAAAUGAAGACCGCCGCUGAGAUACUUGGCGUGUCUUACGGAACACUCUAUGGCAGAUAUCGCGACAGUUAUGGUUGCCUUAAACAUCCGUAUAGAGUAAGGGAUUUUUGGUCAGAGCCAGGCCCGGCGGAAGUGUUGGCCAAGCUACGAAGGAAAGAAAUCACGUUGUUCCGUGCAGCUGAGUUCCUGAACGUGACCGUCCACACGUUGGCCACCUAUCUGUCGACGCUGCAGGGCCCGGACCGAAUUUCGCUGGCCGGCGACUUGAGCGUGGCGUCCGGUGCCAUCGAUGGUAACAACGAGACGCCGGAGAACAACGAGUCGGUGAACGACAUACUGCAGAAAAUCAACGCGAACGCGGCCACCACAGCGACACCGACCACUUCGACACCCAUCAAGAGAGAAGGAGGUGGUUACAUCGAGGUACCGACGCCCGUCCCGAAACCAGCCACCUCCGUGUUGGAGAACAACCCGGACAUCACGAUCGUGAAGACAGAGAACAUGCCACGCAAACGGGAGUACGCGAAAGUAUCGAACACGGAGAACAACAACGCGAAGUUGAUGAGCGGCGGUGCAGUGAGCGAGGUGACGCAGCAACAGCAGCAGCAACAACAGCAGAAGAUCACCGAUCCGUUGUCGUUGAACAACGACAACAGCAAACCCUAA